GUACGUAUGCAGGAGUGGGCGGAUUACGUACGCAGGCACGCACAGACAACGGACUCACACCACAUGGUGCAGACAACGAUGGCGGCGCCGUUCCCUUACAGUCAGAACGGCGAGGCGGGGGCGGGUAAAGAAGGCCCCGGCAAAGACGGGCCGCCCUUCUCCCCACCAGGAGCCCCGGGGGCACCCACCCCCGGGGCUCCUGGUGCUCCCCCGGCACCCCAGGCCACACCCACCGCCACCGUUCCAGGCGUUCCCGUCACAGUCUCCUCCAGCGGAGCGACAGUGGCGGGAGGUCUCCAAGUUCAGGUUCCGGUGGGUCCGCCUGUCGUGGCCAACGGGGUGGAGCAGCAAGCCGUGAACGCGAAUGAGGCAGAGAACGGGGACGCCGCAGCCAACGGUCAGCCCGGCACGCCAGCGCCCGCCAAGGAACAGCCCAAACGCCUCCACGUCUCCAAUAUUCCCUUCAGAUUUCGUGACCCAGACCUCAGAAACAUGUUUGGGAAAUUCGGCACAAUCCUCGAUGUGGAAAUAAUCUUCAAUGAGAGAGGUUCAAAGGGCUUUGGCUUCGUGACCUUUGCAUCGGCCGCCGAUGCUGACCGUGCCCGGGAGUCCCUCAAUGGCACAGUUGUUGAAGGUCGCAAAAUUGAGGUGAACAAUGCCACAGCCCGGGUACAAACCAAGAAGCCGGCAGCAGCAGUCCCAAAUGUUAUACUCGCUAGAAAUGGAAUGGUGCCAACUGCCGUGGCGGCGGCCCUCCGAGGUGUUGCGAUCCAGCGUGGCAGGGCUCGGACGUAUCCGGCCACUGCCCUUGCACGUCAUCCCACCCCACUAACAGCUGCCGCCACAGCUCUGCAUGGCUACACACCCGGAGUAUAUUAUGACCCCUUCCUAGCAGCCCAGGCAGCCACUGCAACUCCUCUACAGGUGAACCCACAAGCAGCUGCCGCCGCAGCAGCAGCGGUGGGCCAGUCUGCUGCUGCCGUCGGUGCGGUCGCCCCCGCGGCCGUCGGGGCCUCGGCCGCUCAGCUCCUUAAAACACCAACACUUUCUGUCUCAACGGCCCAACAGGCAGGCUAUGCAGCAGCAGCAAAUGCCUACACUGCCGCCGCUGCGCGGGCUUACGGAGUGGCUGCAGCAGCCGCCCAGCCUGCCGCCGCUGUUGCCGCCUACCCCACCAUCGCCGCCGGAUCGAUCUAUUACAGUGACAGGCCCUACCCCGACCCAUACAUCGCCGCUGCAUCGGGUAUUGGACCGGUGGCUGGCUACGGGGCGGUCUACAGAGGCAGCUACAAUCGCUUUGCACCGUACUGAGGACCUCAAGUGUGCAUCAUAAAGUAACAUGACAAUGCUGUUAUUAAUUGCUCAUUAAAGACUAUGUUGAUCUGUGUGAUUGUAUAAUUAUACAAAAGACUGCUCCCAGCCCUCGGCCAUCUCUUGUAGUAUACUCCCACGGACUGCUGUCAAAUCCUUGGCUGGCAGUCUGCUCAUCUUGGUGACCCUGAAGAUUGUCUAAACAGCCCACUGCUACUUGCUUGUAGGGCUCUGUCGCACAGCAGCAACUUAGAGAGAAGCGGAGAGGCCUCUCGGCGACCCGCGUUCUGAAGGCAGUGCUGCCAGGCCCAGUGGCUGGUGGCACUGACGAAGGGCCAAUAAGUGCUUAGUGUGACAGACUGGAAAUUUUGAGUGCUUUAAAGGUGGCUGUAGCGAGGCAUCCAGUGUGUACAACAGGUGGCGGGGCUGGAAGGGUGUGUGUUGCCACCCACACUAACCUGACCAACACAUGACUCUGUGUUGUUGUUACCAUUUUCCCUCUACCAUUUUGUAUGAAGAGUUGUAGAGUGAAUUUCUGGACAAUUUGGGAGACCUCAGUUUCAACCCAUGUAGGUAAUUUCUGAGUCAGUGAAGUAUUUGUUAUGUUGAGAGUAGAUGUGGUCAACUACAUGAAAAUUUGUGAAAUGACAUAGUGCAUUUUUAAUGUAUUCAACGAAAUAUUUGACAAGUGUGACUCAUAUAACUUAUACUUGUACAGUGUCUGUUUACACUCCUAAGGUAAACUUGAUAACCAGCUAUGAAUCUCGACUUCUGAUAGACAUAUUGAUAUUAGCUAUAGAAUCUCAUCCUCCUUAUUACUUCCACUUGAAUUUUUAAUUUUUGAAAACUCAAAGUGCACAGCUUGCACUUCUAAUAUAAUGUUAUUUUAUACAUGAUGCAAUGUCAUAACAUCAUGAAUUUGAGGACAUUGUGUGAAACUGUUGUUGGUGUUAGAGAUUUUUGUAUGAUGCAGAACCCCACGUCUAAGGUCACAUGUAGUCACUAAGUCACAAAGGGUUUAUUUGUUUCAGUCAGUUUUUAUCAUGGUAGAAAACAUCAAUUGUAGCUGAGACAAUCAUGUUUCAUUUACACACUGUAGGAUGACUAAAACAUGUCUCGUUUUUUGUGUUACAAAAAAAAAAACUGUGUGGGUUCUCCAAUAUACCUCCUUUUUUUAGGUCAGUACAUUGUUUUGUAGGCUAAUUCAUAUUUUCCUUGUACAAUAUUUGUAAGUUUGCACCAAGCUGUUGAAAAUCAAAGUGUUUUUUAGUGGUGGACAGCACAAUCAAUUUCUUCAUAUGCCCAAAGUGAUAAGUCUUGUGGAUGUUUGCUCUGUGCAUUUUCCAGUAGCAAUGUGAUCAGUCGUGUAAACUGUGAGCCGUUUUCAUUAAUGCUCAUCCCAAAUAAUGACAAGUGUAUUCAUUAUUGAUAUUAUUGUGUCAUCAGUGUCCAAAGUCUCAGUGACAGCUAUAGUUCUUUUUUGUAUUUUUAUUAUUAUCAUCAUCAUUAUCUCACCCUUCUCCCUCCCUCCCUCCCUCCCUCUCACAUCUUGUAUCCAGUGGCUUUUUCUGCAUCAUGUGUAUGUGUUUCUGGCUAUAUGAGUGAAGGGUGCAGUGGCACACACAUGAACCCUCAGGUAACUAAUCACUGGCUCAGCCCGUCGUCACCCCAACCAACACCUGCACCUCACCCCUUGCACCUUCUCCCCAUCUCCACCAUACCUAUGUACCCACGUCAUACUCCUUCAUCACCUCCUCUUCCUUGUCCCCAUCCUCCUCCUCCUCCUCCUCCUCCUCAGCCUGGUAUGCCACAUAACACCACUUGCCAGUCACAUGCUUGUCCCUCCUCUUAACUACAAGGCCGUGCAGUUAUCCAUCCCAUUUUACCUUGCGUUUUGUCUUGGUUUCUUUCUGCUGUGAACAGUCGAUUAUUAUUUUUUUCUCAAAUUUAACUGCUUUCUUGAAUUGACUUGGAAACUGCCGGGUUGUGCGAUUCCGUUUUUGUUUUUCUCUUGCGUUUUGAUCUUGUUUUAUCUCGUGUUGGCAUGAUAUCAAAUAGUGACAAGGUGCAAUACAUACAGUUUGCUUUUUUUUAUAUAUAGUUUUUCACUUGCGGUCUGCAGUAGGAUUUUCAGGAUUGUGCCGUUAGAUCCCAGAUUGUGACUUGUCCAUAGCAAGAGAGAGAGAGAGAGAGAGAGAGAGAGAGAGACUGACUGACUGACUGAGUGAGUGAGUGCAAGCAUGUAAGAGAGAGAGAGUGAGUGAGUGAGAGAGAGAGAGAGAGAGAGAGAGAGCGCAUGUGAGAGAAAGCGAGAGAGAGAGCUGACUACAUGGGGAUUGCCAGAACCAAAGAUAUCAGUAUUUAUCCAAUCUGCAAAUCUCCAUUCUGUACUAUGCUUUUUCUUUUUAUAUACAGUUUUCGCUUUUUGUCUACUUUUUACCGUCACUUUAUUAGUUUAAACGUGCAUAAUGUUUUUUGUACUUUGUUCACCUGGGAGAGAUGGUGGCAGCAUGGAAUACAGGGAGAAAGGAAAACAAAAAGAACAAUUGAUACGCUGGAGAGAUUGCCAGCGAAUUAAAAUGUAAAGUAAAAAUGUUUUGAGACAAACCAAAGAUUUCCUCCAGCAGGGAUCUCCCACACCAUCACUGAUACAUUUUUUUUUAUGCUGCAUUUGGGUCUUAGUUUAACACAGGAGGAGAGAGUAGGGUGGCAGUGUCAGGCAGGCGUCAUCCCCUCAUUUUUGCCCACCAAGCUAAGGACGAUCCCAGUCUAAGCCCUGAGCCAGACGCACAUAAUGGAGAGUCUGCAAGCCGUGUACUCAUAGCCCUUAGUAGACAGCCUAGAGCAGCCGCGUUUUCGUCAGUGCAGCUACAAUUGCAGUCAACCGCUCACCGCGACGUGAAAUAUGGCAGCAGUUUUUCUUUUUUAUCGUAUGAAAGCAGCUACACUCCUCUCAGAGUUUAUACUAUAUAAAAGAAUAAAAAAAAAAUGAGAGAAAGGUAUUGAAGUAAGUGAGAUAUUUAACCUCAGCCCUCCCUCCCCUCCCCACAAAACUUGAGAAGUGCUUGAAUAGUUCAUUGCAAUUCACAGUUCAGGAAAGAAACCAGACAAUAGAGGUGUGAAGUCUUCCUUUUUAGCACAAUGGAUCAUUUUAUGUCGUGUUGUGGAUCAGCGCACAAGAGAGAUUAAUUAAAAAGUAAUCAUAAACUCCUUUGAGGCCCCAAUUGAGCACAAUGGUGAAUAAGUGUACUGUAACGUCCAGUAUGAACAUGUUUUUGUUUAUUAAUUUCUUAUAAUCAUUAUAUAAGAAACUUCACCAUUUUUUUGUAUGUUGUAUUAUUGUGUAAUGAUAUUUAGUAAUGACAGGAAGAGUACUAGUUUUAGAAACUUUUUGCUCCUUUUAAACCUGAUUGUGGUACUGUACAAAACUGCCCUGUGUUUACUCUGUAUAAUAAAUAAAAUAUAAAGACAUCA